GUUCAUGCGACAAUUCGUGCUGUGCGAUUAGAGAGCUUUGCCUGCCAAUCUCGAGACUAUGGAUGAUAACCGCGACGUCAACAAAUUCCUCGACAACAUUGCGCGAGGGCCAUCGGCUGUGUUUGCAACCUUCUUCGCCGCGUCUUGUGUCUUGCAUGCGUGGCAGAGCAGGAAGUACAAAUGCUGGAGCUACACAUGGCCACUUCCUUGCGCAUGCAUUGUUAUGACGGCAGGCUUCAUCUGUCGAGAGGUCGCCGCAGACUACCAUGAUGCAGACGGUUUGGGCAGUGCGGUUCAAGGGCUAUUCUAUAGCGCCGCAGUCAUAUUCACCCUCCCGCUUUACAAGUUCCUGCUCUGCUCGUCAGUCACCACCGAACUGCUGCCGCGACUCAACUUGACUAUUUCCUACAUCAUGAUCUGGACCUUCACCAGCGCCGUCAUCUCCUGCACCGCUCAGGGCGCGUCGACGUACUUUAACCCAGACGCCAAGAAGGGUACUGUCACUUCGUCUCUUGCACUGCUCAAAGCAAGCCUCUUCCUGCAAUUGGCUCCGAACGGGGCAUUUAUCUGCCUCCUUCUCCUAUUGCUCUUCCGACAGGAUGCGAAUGCCGCUCGUCGACGAGCACUUCUGAUGUCGUCGUUCGUGUUGAUGGCGCUGAUCUGCGUGCGCAAUCUGUUUCGGACCAUUCAGCUCUUCAGCUCACCACGCUCCCGACCGUGGACCGACGAGGCGUAUUUCUGGGUCUUUGAGGGUUGUGUGAUGCUGAGCUACACGGUUCUGUUUCAUGUUCUGCAUCUGGGCAAGUUCGUUCCUACUGGGCUCUAUGACUGUUCGCAAGGAAGACGACGGUGUAGUUGA